AUGAAGAUUCUGCGUCCGUUUAGCCGAUCUCUUCAUAAUUAUGUGGCUUCUUUGGCGUCUGGUCCCAAGGCUCCCUUUCAGACUCAGUUCUCGGCAACAGGAAAGCCUGCAGCAUUUGAAAAGAAUAUGCCAGUAUACAGACGCACAAAAGCAUGGGAAAAGGAUGGAAUGAAGAAAGAGGAGUGGUUUAAAAAAAAGUAUGCGGGAAGACAUGCAGAGGAGAAAGAGAAAAACGCCGAGAGAGAGGCAAGGUACAAGCAAGGAGUGAAACAGCGUAACUCGACGAGUAAGAUGAGUAUCAAACAAACGGUUUCGAAGCUUCAAUUGAAUCAUAUGCAAGAUUAUUUAUACGGAACGAAUCCCGUUUUAGCUGCUCUUAGUGCUGAUUCCCGGGAGAGCUUUGGAAAAUUGUACCUUCAUAACCCUAAAGACACAGACAAGAUUAACGAAAUACUGAAGAUUGCCGAAGAGAAAAACAUUGAAGUGGUUUCAGAUGCUUCUAAACAAGACCUCAAUCAAAUGGCAGACAAUGGUGUUCAUAAUGGUGUUGUUUUGGUUUCUAGACCAAUGCAAACAGACGAUUUAGAGUGUCUUUUGGCCUCCACCAAGGAAUCUAUUGUCGUAAAGAAAAAAGGCUUUGAUACAGCAUAUCUGGAGGAAAUCGACAAACGUACAGAUCCUGAAAGAUAUCCUAUUGGUCUCUAUUUAGACGAGAUUUCGGAUCCUCAUAACGUGGGUGCCAUUCUCAGGUCUGCAUACUUCUUAGGAGCAGAUUUUGUCGUAAUGUCCGAGAAGAACUGUGCAUCUCUAACACCACUAGUUUCGAAAACAUCUUCUGGAGCCAUGGAAUUUCUUCCAAUAUUUUUCUCCGCCAAACCGUUGAAGUUCUUUGAAGACUCUUCACAUAAUGGCUGGUCAAUAGUCUCUAGUUUGGCCCCUUCUCAUGUGAAUAAAUAUCCUAUCGAGACCAUUUCUCAGGAUGACCUCGGGGAUUUGUCAAUGAAUUCUCCGGUACUAUUGGUGGUAGGCUCGGAAGGUUCAGGUAUAAGAAGGAAUUUGAUCAAUAGGUCAACUUACGUAGUCGGCCUCGAGGCAAAGAGACUUGAGCUAGAUGAAUCUGUCGAUUCUCUUAACGUCAGUGUGGCGACGGCUCUACUCAUUUCAAAGGCUACCAAUUAA